GUUCAUCUUCUUUUAGGUCAUUGAAUUCAGAACAGUACGUCUCGCAGAAAUGGCGUGUAAAAUAAUAAACUCCUCAAACCCUCCAGUCGUUUGCAGAUUUAGUUCAUCAAUAAAACCAAAGGUUGGAUCAAAAACUACCACCUUGUCUUCCUCUUCCAACAGCCAAGAACAAAGAGAAGUUGUUUCCAGCACCGCAGCCACCAAAACCCAAGUCCUGAAAAGUAAUGCCUAUGGUGUUAAGUUCAAGACUCUUGGAGCAUGCAAGCUUGGCAUUUCAAGAUAUCCUGAUUUUGAAUACGAUGCUGAAGGUGGAAUAGGGACUGGGUCUGGUUCAAAGGUCCUUGAUAGUGAUCCGUUGAAUAAUGAAAUUUCAGUUUCGUUUGACAUCAAAACACUGUAUAUACCACCAUUGACAGGUGCAACGACUAGGUUCUUGGGAUUACCAUUACCACCAUUUCUGAAGAUUGAUAUUGUCCCAGAACUCUUUCAAGGGAGCAUUUACCCAGAAUCUGGCAAGCUAUUGUUCAUGCAGGUUGAUCUUGAAUUCAUGGCCAAAUUCUGGUUUUCUGUUGGGAGUAUUUAUAGAGCUCCUCCACUACUGGUGAAGACAGUUUUGACAUCUGAGGAGUCAAAUGGAACCAUCAGAACUGGAAGAGGAAAGAGAUUGGAUAAAGAAGGGAAUUGCAGAUUAGUUGGGGUGGCAACUGUUCAUCCCAUUGAUGAUUUCCUAAUGAACACCUUCCUUGGACUUCCUACUGAAUGUCUUGCUAAUCUUAAUGCUGUAAUCUCCCUUUCUAAUUCUUCUUAAGAUUUCAAAACAACAGCUUUUACCAUUGCCAAAAGCAUACUAAAUAAGAGAUGAGGCAUAGUUAAU